CGCUAGAGCCGCGCUCUGGGCCGCCUGGAGCCUCCGCUACCAGUCUCCGGGCGCCCCCCCACCCCCACCGGCGGCCCAAAGCCGCGCGGGGACGGGGCCAUGUGUCGCGCGCGGCUCCGCCUCCCGCCGGUCCUCUGAGGCGGCGGCCGAGGGGAACACAGAGACAGGCGCCUAUCCGGCAGUGUGGUGCCUAUAGCGGGUGCAGCGGACUGCGCUGUGGCCAGGCUUUUUUUCUCUGGUCCAGACCACCCGGAUGGGGCUCUCCGGGCCCCGCCCCGUCUGGCCUAGCCCGGCCUGCCCGAGUCCCGCAAGCUCUGCAGGCAGGCUAGCGGGACGACCCCAGCCCCACGUCCUGCCACCCGCCAGCGAAGGAUCCGGGGAUGGGCAAGCGCCACCCGGCCCGCUCCGGAGUCAGCAUUGGGUCUCAGUGAGGCCGGGUGACGCUCCAGAAUGGGAGACAAGCCAAUUUGGGAGCAGAUUGGAUCCAGCUUCAUUCAACAUUACUACCAGUUAUUUGAUAACGACAGAACCCAACUAGGCGCAAUUUAUAUUGACGCAUCAUGCCUUACGUGGGAAGGACAGCAAUUCCAGGGGAAAGCUGCCAUUGUGGAGAAGUUGUCUAGCCUUCCGUUCCAGAAAAUCCAGCACAGCAUCACGGCGCAGGACCAUCAGCCCACGCCAGAUAGCUGCAUCAUCAGCAUGGUUGUGGGCCAGCUCAAGGCUGAUGAAGACCCCAUCAUGGGGUUCCACCAGAUGUUCCUAUUAAAGAACAUCAACGAUGCUUGGGUUUGCACCAAUGACAUGUUCAGGCUUGCCCUGCACAACUUCGGCUGACCUCCUCCCAGCCAGGCACUCAUGCUGUUUCCUCCUCCCUCCUCUCCCCAAUAUUAUUCACACUCCUCCAGAUGCUCCAAAUAUCAUAUACAAAUGAGCAGGGCCGCGGUGGGAGCGGGCGCAGUGCGCUGCUGCUACUGGGGUAUUGUGCAUGAUGUUUGGACGCUAGACUAGUUGCAUCUGACAGGAGAAGUUUGUGUUGUACCAGCGCAUGCCUUGGAAAGACUUAAGUAAUGCAAAAGGUUGUUUGUUUUGUUUUGUUUUGUUUUUGUUUUUUAAUCUACUGACAAGUUGCUCUAGUAACCCAAAGAAGUGAAGGAGAAAGCAGCUGCCUCACCGCCCAGAUAUUGAUUUGUUCGGAUGUUUCAAUGCCUCAUGAUACAAUAAAACCACAAAAAUUUUCUUAACA